AUGGCAGCCGCAAAACAAAUAGACGAAUACGUUUAUCUUGGUUGGUUAGAAAAGGCAAUUUCAGAAAAAUAUAUUAAAUAUUAUAAUUACGAUAAAUUCACUAAUAGGGAAGAAAUCAGCAGUUGUUCCUAUGGAAACGUUUCUCGUGCAAGCUGGGGAGAUUCCG